AUGCCUGUUGUUUCUGAGGACGUAACAUCACGGGGAGAUGUACAUGAUAUAACCUUUAAUCUCGAGAAGAUAUCAAGGUGUAGCAGCGUAAACUUUUGGAGCCGCGCCCGCUUCUUACCUGCUCUUUGGCCAACACCUCACUUUCCGGCCCACAUACGUUCUGUCCGCGUCCUCUCCGCCGCCAUGACCAAAUACACGCCCCAAGUCGUCCAGCUGAAGGACUUCUUCCCCUCCAUCGUGCCGAAGCGAUGCGUUUUCUGCUGCGCGCCCGUCAAGAUCGAAUUCGAUACCACAAGCUGCGUGCCGUGCACGCUGAAGCAACUGUCCAAGGACGAGGAGGAUGUAGAGGAAUUGAAGUUUCGAAAACACAUCUACCACAUCUUCAACUUCUAUAUCGACGUUCGAAGGAAGACCUUCUCGGACAUUGUAACUUCCGUCAAGGACAGUCACGGGGACUACAUCUUCUUCUUCGAGCGAGGAACCCCGGGCGUGAAGACUUCCUUGCCAAAGAUACCAGGGCUCAGCAUGGAGAAGCAGCGGGAAAUAGAUGAAGCGCUUCUUAUGGCGUUGGAGUGCGAUCACGUACUUACUAUGCUGCAUCCAAUCUUGCAGAGAGAGUUCUUCGAAUCUCCAAGUCCGGUCAGGUCGAUUAUCGAAAUCGGCUUUAACACCACACAUUAUGAUGGCAGCUUCCAUUAUGUUUACAAGAUCGAAUUCUACAACGGUCGUCUCUUCGCCGUAGACUUCUCCGGGCGACAAUGGGGCUGGUGGCCUUUGGUACGACCGUGGGACGAAUACGCACGAGAAAACGUGCAGGAGAUCAGCGAUACGAAGCCUUUCGGAAAUCGAAGGGAGAUGCUGCAACGAACGUGCAGCCACAUCCAAGGGGCGAUGAAGGCAGCCGUACUUCCUCCGUACGACACUAUAUAUGGCAGGCAGCCAUUCGGUUGGGAUCCGGAGAGGGGGAGUGUAAAGGAGGAGCAGAAAUUGGUGGAGAUUUACCGGUGGCAUCUCGCUGAGGAAAGGAUGCUGGAAUACUCUGAUCUCGACGGAGAACAAGGGAAGGAGAUAUUGAGGAAUAAUUUCAAGGAGUUGUGCGAUGGGAAGCUACCUCAAGCAAUAUCUCACCAGACGCUCACGGACCUGGCUAGUGAGAUGCCGCACCUGAAUGGCCGUCAGAUCAAAAGUCUUGUCUCCUUUGCUCGCCUGGUCUCGCAGGUGGACACGAACGUCGGCUGGGUUGAGGCUAUCCGAAGCAUUCAUAAGCCGAACCAGAAAGGACAGCCUGUCAGGAAAAACCCCGAUUCUAUAUCGCCUGCCCAUGAGACGGAAUCGGGACCAUUCAAUAAUAUUCCCUAUCCGACUAGCAUGGAGAUGGAAGAGAACGUCGACCUUGUACUUUUGGGUACAUCGACAGAACGGGAAGUUCAGGAUGCGAGAGAAUCACCAGUGUCUCGAAGACCGUCAAUGGCGGCUGGGCUACACGUUGAAGGAAGGGACCGUCACGCGAGAUAUACGUUAGCAGCGAGAUCCGAUGGAUUAGGUGGAAGUAGUGAUGGGGGAAGAGAAGUGAAUUGA